AUGACAAGAAACCGAUUUUGUGGAUGGCUUUGGAACUUUUUCCUUGGUGUACAUAAUGAAAACUAUCAUUUAGUUCAUCAUUUAUUUCCAAAAAUUCCUGAAUGGGAAUAUGAUAAUGUUCGUCAUAUUUUAAUGAAAGAUGAAACAUAUGCAAGUUUGCAUAGACGACUGGGAUGGAAAAAUCUAAUGAAAGAAAUAAUUGAUGUUGACGAAAAACAAUAA